CUCUCUCUCUCUCUCUCUCUCUCUCCUCUCUCGUGUUUAAGUUAUGUGUGUGUGAUUGUGAGUGAGAUACCUUUCAAGAGUACAGGACUCUGUAUUUGUUAAUCACUUCUAUAUUUUUUCCCAAUUUUCUUUUCUAAAAUUUUUAAGCCAACAUGUUCAAAGAACUGAACAGUAGUAUAAAUGGAGAUUCUUCAGAGAAGCUCAGGAGUUUAGCGAUAUCGUCUCUCGAAGAGGAAGAUGAUGAUAAUGAUAACGACGAUGAAUAUGAUGUCGAUGAUUACGACGACGACGACGAUGAGGAAGAAGAAGUACCUGUGGCACUUGGUUUUGUUGAAAAGCCCAAGAAUCGAUGGUCACUUCUUCGCCAGUUAUUCCCAAGCAAGGCCGGAGGCGUCCCUGCUUGGUUGGAUCCAAUUAACUUGCCAUCUGGAAGGUCGUGUGUUUGUGACUUUUGUCGGGAACCCUUGCAGUUCUUGCUACAGGUUUAUGCACCGCUCUCUGAGAAGGAAUCGACAUUUCAUCGCACGUUGUUUGUGUUCAUGUGUUCAUCUAUGGGUUGUCUUCUCCAAGACCAACAUGAGCAGUGGAAACGCCAUCCAGAGAAGCCAUCUCGAAGUGUGAAGGUUUUUCGUUGCCAGUUGCCUCGUUCUAAUUCUUUUUACUCCAGUGAGGCCCCAAUAAACGAUGGGACUGACAAACCUUCUGGAACUGGAGCUGCACUAUGUAGCUGGUGUGGUACCUGGAAAGGAGAUAAACUUUGUAGUGGUUGCAGAAGAGCACGUUAUUGCUCUGAAAAACACCAGGCUAUUCACUGGCGGUCAAGCCAUAAGGUGGACUGUCGCCAAUCAAGCAUUUCACCUCAGGCAUCGGACUCCAGCUCCAUAAACAAUUUUGCAGAGACGCAACAAGUUGCAAGCAACACUCUCUGGGCACAAUACGAAAUCAUAAAUGAGGAUGAAUGUGAAUUUGACACCGAGGUGUCUGAUGAUAAUGGAUAUGCUAAUUCAUUGGUCUCUAGAAGUGGGAGUCGAAUGGACGAAACAGUAAAGUCACUGAUGGACAGUUUUGAGGGGGAUGGUGACAGGAAGAGUUGGGCUUCUUUCCAGGAGCGAAUAGCCAAGGCUCCUCAGCAAGUGUUGAGGUAUGGUAGAGCUAAACCCUUGUGGCCUAUGUCAAGUGGUCGGCCCUCAAAAGCUGAUAUUCCUAAAUGCAGCUACUGUGGUGGACCUUGUGGCUUUGAAUUUCAGAUUUUGCCACAGCUACUUUAUUACUUUGGGGUGAAAAAUGAUGUGGAUUCCCUUGAUUGGGCCACCAUUGCUGUGUAUACGUGCGAAGCCUCUUGUGAGGUAACUAUGGCUUACAAAGAGGAAUUUGCUUGGGUUCAACUUGCUUCUCAAUCAACAACGGCACUUUCAUAGUUGUAUUUUGUUUAAGUUAUUUUCCCCAUAGUUGUAUUUUGUUCAAGUUAUUUUCCUCUCUCUGUGUGGCAGAGUAAAUGUCAGGCCUUUUUUAACCACAGAUGUUUUAUUUGAUUUUUUUUUUUUUUUUGUAAUAUAAAUUAUGAAGAGUUGCCGAAAGAAGCCUAUUUUUGCUGCUUAACGAUUGUAUUUGCUUCUCGUUUCUUUGUUCACCUCUGUAACGUACAGUAAAAGUUACAAGAA